CGGGAGUCGAUACAACACCGCACUAUAAGUAGGCUCACAGGAGCUGCGUAUUUUUUUCUUUUAGAGGCGUCCCUCCACGCUUUUGUCCUUUACUCCAGGAGGGCCUUUUCUUCGUCCACCCCGUUCUCCAAUCCCUAACCCUAGAUUCAAUCCGACCGCUCCCUCCCUUCGACGAUCUCGAAGGACCAGAAAAUGCAGCACCAGAGGCUGAAGCAGCAGCAGCAACAGGCCUUGAUGCAGCAAGCUCUCCUUCAGCAACAGUCGCUCUACCAUCCCGGCCUCCUCGCUCCUCCUCAGAUUGAGCCAAUUCCAAGUGGAAAUCUGCCUCCUGGUUUUGAUCCAAGUACAUGCCGCAGUGUGUAUGUCGGAAACAUUCAUACACAGGUUACUGAACCACUUCUUCAAGAGGUGUUCGCGAGUACUGGUCCUGUUGAAGGUUGUAAACUUAUAAGAAAGGAGAAGUCAUCUUAUGGAUUCAUCCACUAUUUUGACCGUAGAUCAGCUGCACUUGCUAUAUUAUCUCUCAAUGGAAGGCAUCUGUUUGGGCAACCUAUCAAAGUUAACUGGGCGUAUGCCAGUGGUCAGAGAGAGGACACAUCAAGUCACUACAACAUUUUUGUUGGCGAUCUGAGCCCUGAGGUUACUGAUGCCACAUUGUUUGCCUGCUUUUCUGUUUAUCCCAGUUGUUCUGAUGCAAGGGUUAUGUGGGAUCAGAAGACAGGACGCUCAAGAGGGUUUGGUUUUGUCUCUUUCCGGAAUCAACAGGAUGCCCAAAGUGCAAUAAAUGACUUAACUGGAAAGUGGCUUGGUAGUAGGCAAAUUCGUUGUAACUGGGCAACUAAGGGUGCUGGCUCCAGCGAUGACAAGCAAAAUUCUGAUGCCAAAAGUGUGGUGGAACUGACAAAUGGCUCAUCUGAAGAUGGUAAAGAGGCGACGAACAAUGAAGCUCCUGAGAACAACCCUCAAUAUACAACUGUUUAUGUUGGCAAUCUUGCUCCAGAGGUCACCCAGCUUGAUCUCCAUCGCCAUUUCCAUGCUCUUGGUGCAGGAAUAAUUGAGGAAGUCAGGGUUCAGCGAGAUAAAGGCUUUGGUUUUGUGAGAUACAGUACUCAUGCCGAGGCAGCUCUGGCUAUUCAGAUGGGGAACUCCCAGUCAAUUCUAUGCGGCAAGCAAAUUAAGUGUUCAUGGGGUAGCAAGCCAACACCACCAGGGACGAGUUCAAACCCCCUCCCUCCACCGGCAGCUGCGCCUUUGCCAGGGCUUUCAGCAACCGACCUUUUGGCGUACGAGCGGCAGCUGGCUAUGAGUAAGAUGGGUGGUGUCCACGCCCUCAUGCAUCCACAGAGUCAGCACCCUCUAAAGCAGGCUGCAUUGGGGAUGGGUGCUGCUGGAGCGAGCCAGGCCAUAUACGAUGGGGGGUUCCAGAAUGUUGCUGCCGCGCAGCAGCUCAUGUACUAUCAGUAAAAUCUAGAGAAGAAACAACCAUGAUGUGGUAAAACCUUUGCUUUUCCUGCAUUGGUGGGGUUUUAUUCGAGUUUUCUUAAGUUUGUAGAAGAGAAGGGCUUUCUAAUGUUUUUCCUUUUGUUUUGUCUUGUGCGUGGGGUGAUGAGGUUGCGAAACCCCCCGGUUUAUAUAUGCAUGCCAUUUGUAUGGAUACGAAUGAUGUACGGUUCUGUUUUCUUUUCUGUAGCAUGAGUGCUAUUAUUAGUAGAGGAAGCUGGCUGCUUAGUUGCAAA